UCGACGUAGUUCCUCCUCCUUCUAGUUCUAGCUAGUGUGUGUGUUCACAAGUCCCCCUGGCUGAACAGUGGUGGAUGUUGACGUUAUUAGGGUAUGUAGACCCGCCCUUUUCCGUAGUUAUUGUUGCGAAAUGAACCUUGUUUUUGGCACAUGGCUAAAACAUUUACAAUACUUCAACAGUUAAAGACUGUUCGUGUAGGUCUAGCUGAAUUUGCACCGGAUACGAGAAGAAACUGUGUAGCUGGCUAACUUCACAGGAAUAGCGAGUAGCGAUAGCCUGCUAACGAGGUUUAAAAAUCAUGGAUACGUUGGUUCUUUGGUUCUUCCUCUGAAGCGGUUUAACAGAAUGUGUAUGAUAAUACGUGAAAUAUAAUCGGGUGGGACUACACGUCCGGGAGUGAUAGAAACACCUGGGACUGCACGUCCGGGAGCGAUCUCAGUUGGGAGUGUCCAACCACCACCGAGAUGAGCAUUUGCAGGAUGAACACCUUUAUCGCCUAAACUCACCAUAUCUCAAUGAUGGAACUCUACUGGUAUAUAGUUGUCAUAGUAUUUAUCAUCAUCAAGAUCUUCUUCUACAUCUGCUGGUAUCGCACAAGGCAGAGGCAGCUGGCAGCCUACCUGAGCAACCCCCGCAAUGCCCAGAUCGUCAUCGUCGGGGGGCGCGCUUACCUGCACCAGAUGUGCGAGAGGCAAAACACGUCCAUCUGGCCCAGCUGGUAUGGCGUGCAGGAUGAGGUCUCGGUAGGCGAACCCUCCGCCUCCCUCCCGCAGGACCCCUCCCUCUCCCACCUGGACACUCCGCCUCCGUACGAGGCCGUCUCAGGAGCCAAUGACUUGAAGCCUCCUCCGUACAGUGAGUAUGCCCAGGCUGUGGACACAGCAUCCGGAGCCCCGCCCAUCGCCGUGCCGGACAGCACGGACACCAGCAGCUUCUCAGAGGCCCCGCCUCCAUACACGCCCAGUGCCACCUCCUCAGCCAGUAGGCAUCCAGACAGCAGCAGCCACAGCCAAUCACAGCCUGGAGAUGAAAGACUAUGCUAGGCAGGACGCCUCUUCCCAAAAAAAGAAUCCGUCUCUUGCACAUUUUACCAGUCUGAGGGCCAAACUGCACUUUUCAAUCAGUUCAGCCUCCUCCUCUUGCCCUCCCCCUGAUAAUCUAUUUUCUAAAUAUUUUCUUUUUCUUUUUUUAAUCUUGCUGUUACAAAUCAUUUACCCGAAAGGAAACAAAGAGAUGUUGGUCUUUUUGGAGUGUCUUGUGUCUGAGAUUUGCUCAAUGUGUGAGGUGCAGAACAUUUAACAAGUGAUGAUUGCACAACUCCUGAAGACUGGAAACACACGGAGUCUCAUCCAAGACAAUGACCCUUGCAGAAGUCUUGCAGGAGGUUCGAGUCAGCCUUGCUGUUAAUAUCCUCCUUUUUGAAUAUGUCUAUCAACGGUGCUUUGAUUUUCAACCCAGCCUUAUGGUUAUUUCUUCACAGAAUAGCCAUUGAGUCCAGUCUAUUCUCUUACUACUUGUACCUGUAUGCAAUCAUUCAAAACUUCCUUGAUUUAGCUAUACCAGCUAGUGUCUGCCUCAGUCUCAGAGAGAGUAGAUCUCUCCUUUUGCAGUGAAACCUUUAUUCCCUUCCAAACAUUCAAAAGAAGUAUAAUUUUGUAUGGAGAAAAAGAUGGCGUAUUCAAAUGGGAUCACAGUUUUUGGCAUGUGUGCUCCUAGGGCAGGGGUGUCAAAAACUACGUCAGAUGGAUUAAUGCAGCCCCAGACUUGUGGAGAGGAAAAAAAGCAUUUUACUUCCAAAAAAAAAGAGAGAAGAAGAAGAGGUGUCAGGUUUUCAAUACUUCAAAACCAAUCUGCCUUUUUUUUCUUGCCAUUUUCAAUCAAUUAUCCUGUUCCUGUUUUUCCCACGCAGAUCCUUCUUCAAAACAACUCGAACGCAUCGUUGCUAACCAGUUAGCAACUUACUAGGUUUCCAGCGCGAAAUUGCAUUGCAACAAAGUAAGUUGUCAAGAAACGCACCCCGGAUCAAAUUGGUUACAUGUGGCCCCUGAAUGAGUUUGACGCCCCUGUCCUGGGUCAUUGUAAACAGGAAGUGCGUGAUGCCAGUAGGAGGGCAUCGUUUGUUGUCCCCUUCCUGUUUUCUCUACAUGGCGAUGAGCAGCGUGAAGAUUAACACUUCACAUCAGCAUUGACGUCAUACUAGUGAAAAACUUUUUAUCUGUGGUUAAAUGUUAAACGUUCUUGGUCCAUCUGCGGUUGUAAGAACGUGAGGGCACAGUAGAUUAGCUGGCUAAGACUUUGAGGUGUUCAUGUUUAACUAGUGGGUGUUGUUGACUGUCAGGGUGUGCUUUCAGAGUUUUCUGCACCAAAUGCUAAGUCUGAAGCACAACAAGAUCCGUUUCUGCAGGCCUUAUCUCUUUCCUUCUGAUGGCACUUCGGCUGUAAGCUCUUGCCAAAUACAGUAGUGCAGAAAGGUGUGGGUGGUGUGGUGCAGGGUGUUGUGGUGACUUCAACUGUACUAAAUUAAACAUGUUUGCUCAACAUGCUGUUUUUUUCUUUCAAUGAAGGCUUUUAGAUAAUCAUGUCAAACAAAAGUCUUCUUGGCGUUAGCCUGUUAAAAUGCCUUCAGCUGUGUAUGUAGUCUUAGUCAACCUUUUCGUCUCAUGCGACUUUGGUUUUGAUCAGACUGUGUGUUUGUGUGUAUGAUAACGUGUUCGCAAGUUGUGUCAAGUUCGCUGAUGAUAUCUUCUGUUUUCUCUAUGGUGCUGUCUUGGUGUACACUUGCUUGGGCUGUUGGUGUCAACUUGCCAGACUUUUUAUCACGUGGGGGUUUUGUUCAGCUUAUCCAGCCAAACCAUUUAAGACUAUUUCUGUGUGUAUUGUAUGUUGUUGACAUGCAUUAUCUUAACAAAGUGAGACUAUGCGAUAUAAAUGCUUUUUCCACUUCUGCAUAACCCAUAUUUGUAAAUACUAUUUUUAUAUAUGUGAGAUAACUUCAAAUCCAUUGUCAUUGUGAAAUGUUGUUCACUAGUCAAUCAUUGUUUCAUAACUUUUUCGCCAUUUGGGUCCCGGUGAAGUCUUGAGAAUGGCUACCCAAGUCAUACCAUUCUGUACGCAACUUUUUAAGAUUUGCAGGUUUCCUUUUUUGCUGCUUUUGAAAGUGCCAUGCGUUGCUUUCCAUAUAACUUUUUUUCAGCUCAUUUUUUCAGUUGAAGAUUGAUUUGUCCAUGUUCUGAUUAGAGGUCUAUUUUGAAAACAACACUUUGCAGGGAUUCUUUACAGUUAUACCAUGCCAACAGUUUCUGUUGCCAAUACAUAUUUCAUUUUGGGAAUAAAGUCACUCUUGGUAUA